UAAGAAUAACUGUAUCGAAAACAGUUAGAUGACCAGAAUACGUUUUCCACGAACGAUUCUUGGACGUUUUCUCAACUGUUUGUAGAACAGUCGCCCCAUACAAAUGUUUUAACAGUUUUAAACAGUAACAUAACUUAACGCCACAUUCAACAGACCGUCGUUUUGGAAUUCAAGAUAAGUGCAAUGUUUUUUAUGGUUUCAGAUAUCAUUUUCUAAACGUUUUUUUACGCUGUUUCUUAUCGUUUUAUAACUUCAACAGGAACUGUUAUGUUACAAUAUUUUCGUAUUCGGGAAGGCCACGAAAGAGGAACUGUUGAAUACCAAUCCUUCUUCCGUGUGGUAUCUUCCUCUAAACGUAGUACUCAAUCCGAAGAAACCACAUAAGAUACGCUUGGUGUGGGAUGCAGCGGCCAAAUCCCAAGGAGUUGCCCUCAAUUCAUUCCUUCUCAAAGGCCCCGACCUACUGGCAUCACUUCCGGCAGUCAUCAGCAAAUUUCGAGAGCGUCGAGUUGCCGUGGGAGGUGACAUAAAAGAAAUGUACCAUCAGCUCAGGAUAAGAGAUGCAGAUAAGCAAGCGCAAAGGUUUUUGUUCCGUUUUCCGAAAGAUGAUCAUCCAACUGUGUUCGUCAUGGAUGUGGCCACCUUCGGCGCUGCCAGUUCUCCGUGCUCGGCGCAAUACAUCAAGAACCUGAACGCCCAGCAGUUCUCUACAAGUUAUCCAGCAGCAGCAGCAGCCAUAGUUCACCGUCAUUACGUCGACGAUUACUAUGACAGUUUCGACACCGAAGAGGAAGCUAUCACGCGGGCCAAAGAGGUACGUUUUAUUCACUCGAAAGGUGGAUUCGAAAUCACAAACUGGACAUCUAAUUCCACUGAAGUUCUUCGAAGCCUGGGUAUUGACGGUGGCUCCAGAGAGUCCAUCCAUUUGAACCGAGAUAAAGCAACACACUAUGAACGGGUUCUCGGCAUCAUGUGGGAUACACAGAACGAUGAGUUCUCUUUUGCAGUACCUACAAACGUAGCUGCUACUGAUGCAGCACCACCGAAGAAGCGUGAAGUCCUAAGCACGGUCAUGUCUUUGUUUGAUCCGAUAGGACUGUUGGCUCCUUUUACAGUGCUUGGAAAGAUGCUCAUGCAGGACCUGUGGCGAGCGGGUUGCGAAUGGGACCAGCAAAUCGGCGGAGAGUGUUUAGAAAAGUGGCGACAGUGGGUCGCAAUGUUUUCUCGGGUCGAGGGUGUUCGGAUUCCAAGAUGUAACUUUGGGUCGACACCUUCUGACCAAUUUGGCCAAAUUCAGCUCCACAUCUUUACAGACGCUGGGGAAAAUGCCUUUGGAUGCGUCGCGUAUCUGAGGAUUUGCGUAGAGGAAAACGUAAAAUGUUCGUUGGUGCUGGCUCGAUCGAAAGUGGCACCGAUUAAACAACUUUCCAUUCCACGGCUUGAAUUGAAGGCAGCAGUCUUGGGAGCGAACCUGAGUCUCGCUGUCAGGAACAAUCAUUCCCUUCCUAUAGGCCAAACUUACUUCUGGAGCGAUUCUCAAACCGUUCUCUCCUGGAUUCAAUCUGAUCAACGUCGUUAUCAACCCUUCGUCGGCUUUAGAAUCGGAGAAAUUCUGAGUCUCUCCAAGUUGACGGACUGGCGUUACGUUCCGACCAAACUGAAUGUAGCAGAUUCGCUCACCAAAUGGGGUCGUCUUCCAAAUCUUUCGAGCGAUGGUUCUUGGUUUCGUGGCCCGGAGUUCCUGUACCAGCAUCCGUCGAAAUGGCCUCAGCAAAAUCUUCCCGCAGCAAAUACAAGAACAGAAAUCAAAGCAAUACAUCUUUUCCAUGGUGUUGAGCUUCCGAGUUGCUUUAUCGACGUGACCAGAUUUUCGAAAUGGAAUGUUGUAGUUCGCACAGUGGCGUGCAUUUUUCGAUUCAUCUCCAACUGUCGGCGCAGAGUUGCUGGCAAACCCAUCGAAGCUGUCCUGUCAAUUCCAAAGCUCAAAAGGCUAAUCAAGGUUUACGUUCCGUUUGUAGUUGUUCCGUUGCGGCAAGACGAGCAUCGAUGUGCAGAAAAUGCUCUAUUCAGGUUGGCUCAAAGCGAUUCGUACAGCGACGAAAUCAAGACACUGCAGAAGAAUGCAGAGCUACCUUUCCAAAACUGGUUUCCACUAGAAAAGUCCAGCCCUCUCUACAAGCUAGUGCCCUUGAUCGACGCCCAUGGUGUGUUAAGGAUGGAAGGUCGCUCUGAAAAGGCGGAGUUCCUCCCCUUCGAUCUUCGAUUCCCGAUUAUUCUACCAAGAUCCCACUGUAUCACGGAUCUUUUGGUUCAACAAUACCACGAGAGGUUUGGACACGGAUAUCGAGAAACGGUGAAGAACGAAAUCAAGCAACGUUUUGUGAUAAGCGGUCUCACCAACUUGAUAAAACGAGCCGAGAGAAGCUGUGUGUGGUGUAAAGUCCGAAAAUGUCUGCCGAAGAAUCCCAAAAUGGCUGCACUACCCGUCCAAAGAUUAACCCCCUUCAAACGUCCAUUUACUUUCGUUGGUCUUGACUAUAUGGGUCCAGUUGAAGUCGUCGUUGGUCGCCGCCGAGAAAAACGCUGGGUCGUGGUGUUCACGUGCAUGGUUGUCAGGGCGGUACAUUUAGAAGUUGCCCAUAGUCUUACCGCACAAUCAUGCAUAAUGGCGAUCCGUCGUUUCAUUAGCCGCCGAGGUCCCGCCUCGGAAUACUUCUCGGACAACGGGACGAACUUGCGAGGAGCGAGUAAGGAGAUAGUCCAACAAGUACGGGAAAUUGAUAAUGUUUGCGCCGACGAAUUUACGACUGCUAUCACGAGUUGGCACUUCAUCCCACCAGGAACACCCCACAUGGGAGGGGCGUGGGAGAGGAUGGUGCGCUCGGUGAAGCAGGUCAUGACAGCCUUAGACGACGGACGUCGACUGAACGAUGAAAUUCUCCUAACUACGCUAGCUGAAACUGAGGACAUGAUCAACAGCCGGCCCCUUACUCUUGUAUCUACGGAUCCAGUGGUAGGUGCACUUUGUCCCAAUGUAUUCCUGCGUGGUUCAGAUCCUAACGAGCCGCAUGAAGUCAUCAAACCUACCAACCCUGCAGAGGCCCUUCGGGAUGCUUACAAGCGAUCGCAGCAGCUGGCUGACGACUUAUGGAAACGGUGGAUAAAAGAAUACGUGCCGACAGUCAACCAGCGAUCCAAGUGGUUCUCUGAAGCAGAUCCUCUUAAGAAAGGAGAUCUCGUGUACGUGGUAGAUGGAAAUCGACGUAAGGCAUGGGUACGAGGAAUCAUCGAGCAGCCGAUCAUAUCCGGUGACGGACGUGUACGGCAGGCAUUGGUGCGCACAUCGGGUGGUGUUUUCCGACGCGGAACGACUAAUCUAGCAGUGCUAGAGAUCGAUGGUAGUACGGAAGGUGUUCAAAAUGUGGGUCCAGAGAGUGCCGCUCACCAUGCAACUUUUAAAAUUAGCGGUAACUCUGAUCCGGUGGCUCCAGAGAGUGGUUCCGGACCAGGUUUACGGGUGGGGGACUGUUGAGCGUGUAACUGCGCGACUCGGCAGCCAUGUCGGAAAGUGAGACGGAGACCGGUGAUUGGUGAUGGGGAGUAGGAUAAACAAAAAUAAAAGAAACAAACUAAAAUUUGGCUCGUCAUUGCGUGCUUAGUGCAGGAGUGAUUUGUAAAAUUAUCUUAUUAAGCUAAAAUAGUACGGUUAGUGCUGAGUAGUACGGAUUAACAUUUACUGGAGGACGUUGUACAUUUAAAAACCGUAAGUGAAAGACAUUUGCUAAAAUACUUAUUACUAAAAUUGUAUUUGACCUCACAUAGGUAACAGCAACAGAAUCUAACCUACAAAAACAGUUCCGAUUGAUACAGUUAGUUCGUGAAACAAGAUAAAACCAUUUGAAUUGGUUUCGAGCUGAUAGCAAAAAAGCAGCGAUUUAAUUUCUUGAUCCCGGUACACCGACGUUACUGUCCGAUAAAAGAAAACUUAAUCUUCAAGCUGCUAUACAAGAAAGGCUGCUCUGAGGAUUCGUUUUAAUUAUCCGA